AUAUUAUCACACUACAGCGGGAUCAAUACACCAAGCUUGGAAGCGGUUAGCAGAGAACGUACCCCCGUACUUCGGGACGGCUGCCCCCUAGAAGAACUGGCUGGAGAGUGCAGCGGCCCUACCGACCCCACCGAUCCUAGGAAUGGAGUUGUAGCUUCCAUUGUUUCUCUUUCGAAACGGAACGAAAUCCCGCUCAAGGACGCCACACAAUGUCGACACUCUUCUCUAGGGAACCAUUCGCUGUUCUCGCCAACCAAGUUCUCAGUCCGAAUUAUCUUCAUAGCUAUCCUACAAACUUAA